GCCUCCGUAGGUCUACGUCGUUAAGGCACUCCUUUAAAUUAUUCAUAUCUUCGCAAUAUUAUGUUGCAAAGCUGUGUCAGCUCUAGGAAUCUGUACUAGCGCUUCAUCAUAGAAUAAGCAAACCUUUCAGCUUUGUCCUGUGGCUUCGCAGUUUUCUUUACAAGAAUCAAGUACAGAUCAUAUUAUAAAAAGAAACUGAAGGCUUUAUGCUGCAAGACCAAUCUGCUAUCAAUCUGAGGCAAAAAGAGAGCCUUCAGGAAAUCCAAAGAAGUCAAGAUUCGUAGAGCAAUAUCCUUUAAAGACAAAAUCUGUUAACUGCGAUGGCCUCCACCUCAGUUCUAGAUGAAACAGACUCUACACCAUAUAAAAACGUUAUACGCAUCGCGCGGCUCUUAAUCGGUGAAGGUACAAAGCUGCUAAGGGAAAGUUUUGACCUGAUUUAUCCCCCAAGUAUCCUCCCAAAAAUCUUGAAAGACCCCACAACGGUAAAUAAGCUAAAGUCUGCAGUGAUAACUAAAGCACAGUGGGACUGUCUUUACCCUUCUUUGGAAGUAACGGCAGAGUCAACUGAUUUUGACUUCGCUCUGCUACUCACUUUAUUGAUGACAAUUUGUGACUUUACUCCUCCUAUUAUGGGAUGGGAUGCUCUGCCUGUAACAACUGAUCAAAGUACAACUGCUGAUUUAGCCAGAAUCAACUGUUAUGGGAGGUCACUCCUCAGUCACCUGGCUAACAAAAUGGAAAUGUUAGAUGAGUCGUUUCUUUCUCUAUGGGAAAACGUCAAGAAAGUAUUCCACCGAAUCGCAAGCAAAAUCGGCUCAAAAAGAAAAGGCAAACUAGAAGAAGCCAUAGCGAUCCUGUUAAACGACUUGCCGGUGGUUAUGGAUGCAAAAGAGAGGGAAGAGUUGAAGAUGUGGUACACGACUCAAAUAGAGAUCAACAAAGCCAUGAAGGAAAAGAAAGCGUCAACCAAAGAGAAGCAUGGGUAUGAGACCGAGACAAGUAUAGGAAAAGAACAGAAAGAGCUUGUGGAGAAAGGAAGAGGUGUUAUGACGGAAAGCCAGCACAUAGAGACGCUCUUUCGGAAUAUCGCAGAAGAUAUCAAAGAUCCGCUCAGGAGGGAGCUGAUGAGUCUAACUCAAUUGCAGGAAGGAGUUGACAAUUUGGGCAUCGAAAGUUUUCCAAGGUUUUCAACCGAAAAAAAAAUAGCAAAAACAACAGAGCUUCAAAAGCGAGAUGGAGUUGACCUUCAUCUGCAUUUCGAAUGUGUGUCCAUCUCAGGACCUGGUCUACAAGGAGGUAAAGAAAAAAUAACUUUUAGAGGAGACAAACCUAUGCUAGAGGAAGCCCACCACAAGGAGGAGAAACAGAGCGAUGCGGACGAAUCUAAAGAAAAAAUUUCAGAGUCACCUUGCCCCUCCGAAAGGACACAAGCGCCUAGCUCUUGGGAAGACGAAAAAACCCACGAAGAGCCUAUACGUUUAGAUGUUAAUACAGAGGUCCCUGGUGAAGCAAAAGAGUCCACUGCAUGGAAUAUAGGGAUUGAAUCUGAGGAAAAAGAUGUAACAGAAGACCGGAUGCCCUCAUCACAAAAAGUUUUAAAUUUAAUCGCCGCCCGUUAUCUAGAAGCCUUUUCUCCUAACAGAGAAAAAGAACAUAAUGGAUUUGUGGAAUAUCUGAAUGCAAUGAAGGUCCUUCUGACAAGGACUUGGCAGGGCAGCUUGAUAGUUACUGCGCACUGCACAUCCUUAGAAAUCCUUGACAAACUAUGGGAUAGCUAUUCUACUGGCCUGUUGAAUGAGAUGGCGCAAAAGUAUCUUGUGAGAGAAGAAAUUUUGGAGGAAUUUGGGUUAACUGAGAUGAGACUCAAAACAACUAUUUCGGAAGAGGAAUACAGAGCUGGCAGAGAAUAUUUCUUACGUGAUUCUGGAAAUUCGGAGAGCUCUAGCCCAAGAGCAGUUUGUCAAGGUGCUUUUGGACCUGAUUCUGGAUCAGAGCCCAUGGAGUGUGAAUCACAGGCCAAGACAGACAGCAAGCUUGAGGAUCCGCAACAGCAGGAGGAGAUGGAAAUUAGGUCGAAUGCUUUGUUAAAAAGCAUAAUGCAAUGUACUCCAAACGAAUCUGGGCCUGAGUCUAGAUCAGACCCCAUGGAGUGUAAAUCACAGGCCAAGAGAGGCAGCAAGCUUGAGGAUCCGCAACAGCAGGAGGAGAUGGAAAUUGGGUCGAAUGCUUUGUUAAAAAGCAUAAUGCACUCUAUUUCAAACAAAUCCGAGAGUCGCUCAAUAGACGCGGCAGGAACUGUAUGGCUGCUUCAGGAUAUUCACGCCGCCGCUUGUCUAACAUUUCCGAAAAGUGCUGUGUCGAAAUCUGUGCUCUUCAAAUGCACCUUGUUGGAGUCAACAGACAACUUUCCGCCACUGGUAGAGGAUGAGACGUUAGUGAGCAAUGUCGUCCAGCUAUCUUACGAAGACUCGUAUGGUUCCAGUUUUGAGGGAGAUUU